AUGGCUUGUCCGCUACCGAUAGUCGACCUCGACGCCUUCCGUGCUUCGUCUGACUCGCUCGAAGCCCGCAACGAGGCUGUCAGGGCGCGUCCUCCUCCUCCUCAAUCUUCCCCCACUUCCCGUGUUGACCCUCGUCUCUCGCUCACGCAGGCUGCAGAGGCCUUGAUCGAGUAUGGCGCGCUCAUUGCGAAGGAUUCGCGGGUGUCGGAGCAGGAGAACGAGCGCUUUCUCGACUUGCUGGAAGAGUACUUCGCGCAGGACGAGCAGGACUUGCGGAAGGACUUGCGGCCAGAAGUGCAUUUCCAGGUCGGCGUGACGUUGGAGAACACCGAAAAGCCCAAGUGUCACUCCUACGACCCCUGCAAAGCCAUUAUUGCGUCGCUCGACCCGGAGGAACGGCCGCUUGACCUCGAGGGAGGAAAGGCUGACCCAAAGUGCCGCUUCUUCUACCGCAUGGGCGAGACGCCGCCGAGGACCGACUUUCCCUCGCUUCGGAUGGAGAACGUCAUUCCGUCCGCCUUCGCUUCGACCUGGCAAGAGUCGAUGGACCGCUGGGGCACGCAGAUUAAGCAGUCGGUCGAGGGAGUGAGCGAGAUGCUCGCUGUUGGCUUGGGACUGCCGCAGGAGACGUUGCUCGAGGCGGGCAGGUACGGCUCGCAUCUGCUGGCGCCGACCGCGACAGACUUGCGCAAGUACGGACGAGUAGGCGAGAUCUUCGCUGGCUUCCACACGGACCUGAACUUCCUCACCAUUCACGGUCGCUCUCGCUUUCCCGGCUUGCACAUCUGGGCGCGCAAUACUGGCAAGCGUAUCUCGGUCAAGCUUCCGCCCGGCCACUUGCUCGUCCAGGCGGGCAAACAGCUCGAACACUUCACCGGCGGCCUGAUCCUCGCCGGCUAUCACGAAGUCGUCUGCACGCCCGCGACUCUCGCCGCUCUCGCCGCCCGCCCUUCCGACUCUCCCGCCAUCCGCAUCUCGUCCACCUUCUUCUGGCAUCUCUCCUCCGACUAUACUCUCUCGCCCAGGUCGUUUGUCGAGCACACGGUCGGGAGCGAGCUGGUGCAGCGGGAGAAGCGGAGGAUUGAGGAGCGUGGAGAGACAUGGGAUGUCGGCCAGUACGAGGAGGGCUUGAAGGUCGGGACGCUCGUGCAGAACGAGUUGAAAGAGAUUGCGCUUCACUCGGGCGCGUAG